AAGAUAGAUGGCGCAUGAGCGUUUUUUUGUUUCUCUCAUCCGAAUUGGCGAACUUAAGGGGAUGUGGGAGCUGAAAACACUGUUUUUCUGUUCCAUAUUACUUUUUGAAUAAAGCUUGCAACAAAAAACCAAGACCAGAGCGCCAUAGUGUUAAGUUUAGUGAAUCAUUCUACCGAAAAAAAAACCGAAUACCAAUUGGACUUUUGCUUUUUGUAAAAGUUGUGAAAUACGAGCGGGUGUUUACGCGUGUUUAUGCGAUUACAGCGUCAACCUCAAACACCAAUUUUACUUAUUAACUUUUUUUAAUUUGAAACUUCAUCAAUAUAAUGAGCAGAACGCCAUAGGUUUGAUAUAAGUAAAGGCUAAUCGUUAGUAUUAAUCAUCGAUUUUAAUUGUUGUUUUCCGUAUUGAAUUUUAUCGACUUCUAUCGAUUCUAUCGAUUUUAAUCGACUUCUAAUACAAAAGAGGGAUUAAGAUAUAGCUUCGAAUUCGAUUAAAAAUCCAAUUGUUUCCUAUCGAGUAUUUUGUGCAGGGUAUAAGGUGAUACUUAUUAAAUAUUUGUGUCUUAAGUAUAUGGCUUAGCCAUGGUAUUCGACAUAAAAUUUUCAGCUGUAGCUAAUUGUAUGCAUUUUACAGUAUAAAUUCAGUACACCUAUAUCACGCUUCUAAAUAAUUAAACGCAAUAAUUUUCAAAGAGUCGCAAUACCACGUAUUUUCUAUUAUUUCUCACUGCACGUAUAACAUUACAAUAAAUAGCUCGACACCUACUCGACUCGAAUCAAUGAGCUAGUGCACAAUCAUAUCUCGAGAAAUAAAUAACAGUAUCUACAAUACUUCAUACUGGAAAAGUACCUCUGACAAUUUAUUAAUAACGUCCUUGCAUCUAUCAUUGUAGUUAAUACAAUCUUCACAUCAAUUUUUUCACUCAAACUCACAAACUAUAGUAAGUAUAUUAAAUUCAACAGGUACGCAUCUUUAUUAAUUAAAAUUUUUUACUGCGAAAAGUGACUUUCAAUCUUAAAAAUAAUUUUCCGAUCUUUCAUCAAAAUUCCAUCUCUAUAUACAAUCCUCGCCUAUAAUCUCCCUCCACGAGACCAUCGAGCAAAGCGGCGUAUCGUUGCAGCGCGGGAUAGUCGUUGCGCUCGCCAUAACACAGCAGCAGCAGCAGUAUAUAGCGGACGAUGAUGGCAAAAAAAAGGGCCCAACGACAGCUCAGCCGUAAGAGACCCCCAGACCAGUGCACCAUGAGCCAGGACACGUUGGUCGAGGCGACGAAGCAGCUGACGCUAGCCGCGAAGCUCAACUUGGCUCCGAAGCUCUACAUCGGCAAGUCGGAGUUCACCUUCGACCCGAAUCCACUGGACGAGGAAUGGCAGGCCAGGGCAGCCAAGGAACUGCGCGAGACGCCUGAGAACGUCGAGGAGGCUCUCAAUACUCUUCGGGAACUGCUGAAAGGUGAGCCAGACCUCAACGUGCCCCUCGACAGAGAGUACCUCCAGAAAUUCCUGCGGCCGUGCAAGUGGUACGCGGAAAGUACCUUCGAAUUGAUGAAGCGCUUCUACAAAUACCGUCAAUCUCACCCGAAGUACUGCGAAAACCUGGUCCCCAGGAACGAAAGAACUGUACUGAUGUCCGGUACCCUUACGCCCCUGCCAAAACGUACCGAAGACGGAGUUCGCGUUAUCCUCGUGGAAGGUGGCAAGAAGUGGAAGCCCAAGGAGCUCACCCUCGACCAGAUGUUCCGAGGAGUUAUUCUCUUCCUCGAAGCUGCAAUUGCUGAGCCUAAAUCGCAGGUCGCUGGAGUUCGAGUCAUCAUCGACAUGGACGGUCUCACCCUGACUCACGUGACGUACUUCACCCCAAGCUUCGCAGCUGCGGUAGUCGAAUUCGUACAGAGGUGUUUGCCCUGUCGUCUCAAGGGCGUCCACAUAAUAAACCAGCCCUUCAUUUUCAACAUGGUCUUCGCUUUCUUCAAACCUUUCCUGCAGGAAAAACUGCGAAAGAGGAUACACUUCCACGGAACCGACAGAAACUCGCUGAAGAAGUACAUAGACGCCAAGGCUUUGCCGAAACAAUACGGCGGCGAAUGUGACUUCCCCGAUGAGCCGAUCGGCGAACCUUUCGUCAAGUACUUGGAUAUUUUCCAGGAAGAUUUUCUCGCAUCCAGCAAAUACGGUUACCCCAGUAAAGCACAGAAGUAAUGAACGUAUAAUUGCUAGAAGAUUUCCAGCUAAAGUUGUUGCCGUUGUAUACUGUUGAUGAUAUGCAAAUUUUUUAAAUAAAAAUGAAACAGGGUGAAUGUGACUGAAGAGGAUAGCAGAAUUGAAUGACGAAUGCGUGUAUUUUAUGAAGAAAUAUGAAGAAGUCAACGAUUCUUUUUCUGAUUUUAUUAUAUAUUGCCACGCGGCUCUUAAGUUGCGAAUCGCGUGGUAUUUUUAAACAUUCCAUUUUAACGGAUGAAGUACAAUUAGAAUGUAAACAAGGAAACGAAGCGUUUGUAUAAUUUUUAACGUCUAGAGAAAAAUGUAUAUUUGUUCAAAAAUUAUAUUUUGUAUUACUGUUACUUUGACAGCUGAAUAAAAACUGUAUUUUGUAAAUUU